GUUCAAACCUUCAAAAUCUCCAGCCAGCUUUUCCAUCAUUCCUUGCUAGAGUUUUGCUUCAAGAUGCAGAAAACUUUUUUUUUAAAUUAAUGUAUCAAAAGAGAAGAAAAUAUCCCAUGAAAUAUUAACAACCAGUUGGUAAGACAUUUUCAAAGCAGUAUUCUUUGCCAAUAUAGACUUUCCAUUUCCUUUUUAACACAAUGCACUAAUGCAAACAACUUCCAGUCUCCUGUGAGUUCUUGCCAGGAGCUUGGCACUUAAGUGAAAUUCCAGAAAAUGGGAUUUGCUCAAUCUACCAAAACAUCUUACAUAAGUCAUUAUCAAUGUCGAAAAUGUUUCUCGUUUCUAGAAAUUAAGUCCAUGUGUCGUCUAGUUGUUCUAUUUCUUGUAAUGCUUCCUCAUGCUGCUGCAUAUGAUCCACUGGAUCCAACUGGAAACAUAACAAUAAAAUGGGAUAUUGUCUCUUGGACAGCAGAUGGCUAUGUGGCAGCGGUUACAAUGAACAACUUCCAAGUGUAUCGUAGCAUCAGGAGCCCUGGCUGGACACUAGGGUGGCAAUGGGCUAAAAAAGAAGUGAUAUGGUCCAUGGUAGGAGCUCAAACCACAGAGCAAGGAGACUGUUCCAAGUUCAAAGGAAAUGUACCUCACUGUUGUAAGAGAAAUCCUAUAGUGGUUGAUUUGCUACCUGGAGUUCCUUACAACCAGCAGUUCUCCAAUUGUUGCAAAGGCGGCGUACUAUCAGCUUGGGGACAAGAUCCUAUAGGUUCAGUCUCGGCCUUUCAGGUGAGUGUUGGACUUGCAGGAACUUCGAAUAAGACAGUAAAACUACCCACAAAUUUUACUUUGCUUGGUCCGGGGCCAGGGUACACUUGUGGCCCUGCAAAGGUUGUGGCUUCCACAGUCUACUUAACAGCUGAUCGUAGGCGAAAAACUCAGGCAUUGAUGACAUGGAAUGUGACAUGCACUUAUUCUCAAUUUCUUGCCUCAAGGAACCCGAGCUGUUGUGUUUCCUUCUCAUCUUUCUAUAAUGAGACUAUCACACCUUGCCCAACCUGCGCUUGCGGUUGCCAGAAUAAAAAAAACUGUGUUAUGAGUGAUUCAAAGAAGGCACACAAGGGAGGAAUAAACACUCCAAGGAAAGACAAUGCACCAAUGCUACAAUGCACACAUCACAUGUGCCCUAUAAGAGUGCAUUGGCAUGUGAAGCUCAACUACAAGGACUACUGGCGUGUAAAGAUUGCCAUCACUAAUUUUAACUACAGGAUGAACUACACGCAGUGGACUCUUGUUGCACAGCAUCCCAGUCUCAACGCUGUCACCCAAGUCUUUAGUUUUGAUUACAAGCCUCUAGUGCCCUAUGAAGCCAUAAAUGAUACCGGCAUGUUUUAUGGCAUGAAAUACUACAAUGACCUAUUAAUGGAAGCAGGGCCCCAAGGAAAUGUACAGUCCGAGGUACUCCUUAGGAAAAACAAGGACACAUUUACCUUCAAGCAUGGUUGGGCAUUUCCUCGGAAAGUCUACUUUAAUGGGGAUGAAUGCUUGCUGCCUCCUCCUGAUACCUACCCUUUUCUACCAAACUCUGCCCAUGUAAAUCCAAUUACCAUAUUGACAAUGGCGUUCUCAGUCCUCUUGUGUAUGUUGACAAUUUAGAAUUUUCAGAAGCUAUUUCAACAGAUAAAGAAGAGUGGUUUGUUUGCGUCGGACCUUCAUUCGAUACAGGUAUACAUCAUAACUCAUUUCUUGAAACUUGCGGAUUUGAUCAGGAUGGGAUGAUUUUUGAUAGUUGUGAAAAAAAUAAACUAAAUGCACAUGAUCUAGAAAUUCCCCUUUUUGAGAUGCAUCAUGGUGUAAAUUUAAUUGUCUCACUUACUCUGUCUCUCGUGUAGCUUAAAUGUCAAUUGAUAUUAAUCAAUUAGCCUUUUUCUCUUCUGCAUUUUACAUGGUAUUCGGUAUGUACGAUACUCUUAUUU